GCCCCCUCCUGGUGAUCUACAGAGCGCCCCCUCCUGGUGAUCUACAGAGCGCCCCCUCCUGGUGAUCUACAGAGCGCUCCCUCCUGGUGAUCUACAGAGCGCUCCCUCCUGGUGAUCUCUCUAUAGAGCGCCCCCUCCUGGUGAUCUACAGAGCGCCCCCUCCUGGUGAUCUACAGAGCGCCCCGUCCUGGUGAUCUACAGAGCGCCCUCUCCUGGUGAUCUACAGAGCGCCCCCUCCUGUGACCUCUCUACAGAGCGCCCCCUCCUGGUGAUCUCUGCUCGGUACUUCUCCUCAUGGAAGAUUUAGAUGCGUUACUCGCUGACCUUCAGGUAACGUCCCCGACCCGCUGCCCCGUCCUCCUGACUGAUACUCCGGAAAGAGAUGAGGCCAAUGAGCAGCAGCGCCCCUCACCCCCUCCCUAUGACCCCAAGACAGCAGUUCCAUAUUCCGAGGUGGAGAAUUCCACAGCUGACAAGUCCCACCUGUACAGCACGGUGAAGAAGUUCGGAUCGCCCUCCGUCUCCCCGGCUGUGGGGGGAGGAUUGUGUGAACUCGAUCGACUACUCAAUGAGCUCAACGCCACUCAGUUCAACAUCACCGAUGAGAUCAUGUCGCAGUUUCCUCCCGGAGAUAAGAAAGUGACGGACAGAGCCGAGGAAAGAAGGGUAUUAUCGGCCUCCUCCGCCACACUGGAGCUGGAUAGACUAAUGGCCUCCCUGUCAGAUUUCCACAAACAGAAUACGGCUGCUCAGGAACCUUUAUCCAGCCCAGUGCAAUCCGAAACUCCCCAGCCAAUCAAAAACUCCGGAGCCGAAGUCUUGCCAGCUAAUGGAGCGGAGGAAAGCCACGUGGCAGUGCCUCCUGCUGGCCAGUCAGAAGAAGUCACCAGCACUAAAUCUUUCCCCAGAAGUGACCUGGACUCCAUGAUGGUGAAGCUUCAAUCUGGGCUGAAAGAACAAGGGAUCGAAACUCUGAGCAAAGGACUGUGCCAGAGCUGCCAGCGGCCAAUCGCGGGGCAGGUUGUCACGGCUCUCGGUCAGACUUGGCACCCGGAACAUUUUGUCUGCGCUCAUUGCAAAUCUCUUAUCGGAACUACAAACUUCUUUGAAAAGGACGGGCGGCCAUAUUGUGAGAAAGAUUACUUUGAUUUACACGCUCCGCGCUGCGCCCUGUGCGACCUUCCCAUCCUCAAG